UAAUUGCAGAAAAACUUUCUCGAUUGAGAGUGAGAGAGAUAGAGAUCUUGUAUUUAAUUAAAAUAGGUCUCCUCGGAAUUAAGUCAUCUAGGUAGUUGCACACUCCAAAGCAAGGCGCGAAUUUUAAGUUAAAUUUCAGAAAGUUUUUAAAAUGGAUAAAUGUGUUUUGUGUCGCUCUGAAGAAACUGUUGAAUAUAUACACGGAGAGUUAUAUGAAACAGAAAAUGUUAAAGCUCAUUCAUUUUGUUUGUUAUUUGCUCCAAAUCUUCCGCAAAAAGGUAAAGAUGACGAGGGAAUGGAAGGUUUUCUAUUGAGAGACAUUCAGAAAGAAGAAGUCCGAGUAAGACGCUUAAAAUGCUGUUAUUGUAAGAAAAUGCAUGCCAACCUGGGCUGUUCUAUACGCGAAUGCAAAAAAGCAUUUCACACAGAAUGCGGCUACAAAAAUAAAGUCAGCUUCGAGUUUACUUCUCAAUUUCCUUGCUUUUGCGUUGAUCACAGCACAAACAACCAAACUUCCAGCCCGUCAAAUGAUGACGUUUGUUCGAUCUGUUCACAAAACUUUAAUGAAAAUGACCGAAAUAUUUUGAUGCCAUGCUGUAAGCAUACAUGGUUUCAUCAUUCAUGUAUUCAAACCUUUGCUCAAACUGCUGGUUUAUAUUUUAAAUGUCCAAACUGUAAUGAUCAAGAAAAAUGUUUUCAACUUUUACCAAAAUUUGGAGUUCACGUUUAUGAAAAAGAUGCUGACUGGGAAAUUGAAUAUGAUAAUUUGGAAGAUUUUGAAACAAUUCCAGAACAACCAUGUGAAUCUGAUAAUUGUAAUGGUACACCGGAAACAUCCUAUAGCGUAGCUCCCUGGCUGUGGGAUGUUUGCGAAUAUUGUGGAAGUUGCGCUGUUCAUAAAGAGUGCAGAAAUGCAACGAAUGAACCAUCUUUCACAUGCACAUGUUGUACAGAAUCUCUAGUAUUGCUCAAUAGAUGUGAAGCUGAAAGUUUCGUUGAAGAUUAUUUAAAUGAAGAAGCUUCAACAUCAUCUGAAAGUUCAACACCAAAAGCAGACAAAAGCACUUAUGAUAGUUCAAUUGAAAAAUUAAUUAAACGAUUUCCACCUAAAAAUUUGGAAACUGAGGACAGUGAAAAUAGUGACAAAGAAAAUGGAAGCAACUACAAAGAAAAUGAAAACUUGAAACUUUUGAGUCAAGUAGCAGUUUCAAUGGAAGUUUCCAAUACAACAUCAGGUGUAAGCUCAACACCAAAAAUAUCAGAAGGAAGCAAUUUCACCAGUGUAACCAGUGUAAUUGAUAAAGUAAUUAAAAACUUUCAAGAUAAAAAUAAAGAAAUUUUGGAAGCAUUGGAAAGUGAAAACAGCGACAAAGAAAAUGAAAACUUGAAAGUUCCAUGUCAAGGAGCAGUUGCAAUGAAAAUUUCCGAUCCAAAAGAGUCUACUUUCACGAUAACAAGUAAUGAAAGCUUUGAUGAAGAUUAUAACAGUUCACUUGAAAUGUUAAUUAAAACUUUGGAAGGUGAUGGAAGUGAAAACAGCAACAAGGAAAAUGAGAACUUAAAACUGUUGAGUCAAGUGGCAGUUUCAAUUGAAGAUUCUGAUGUAGCAACAGGUGAAAGCUCAACACCACAAGCAUCAGAUGAAAGCAGUUACAGCAGUGUAAUUAAUAGAGCAGUUAAAAAAGUUCUUCAACCUAAAACUGAAGAAAUUCGUGAAAGAUUGGAUGAAGGCAUCGACAAGAAAAAUGAUACUUUGAACCUUUUUUGUCAAGUGCCAGUUUCAAUGGAAACUUCCGAUACAAAAGAUUCUACUUUCACUAUAACAAAUGAUAAAAGCUCAAAAAAGGUAAAAUUUUUGAUUGAUGAGAAGUCGUCAGAGUCAACUUCUCAGGAUUUCUUAAGCAGCUCAGCAUUUCAAGGAGUUAGCUCGAUUAUUUCAAGUGGAGAAUCCAGUAAUUAUAAAAAACCCGAAGAAAAUAAAGUUCCUGAAAAAACUGAAUCAUCCGUCAGAGGAAUAAAACGAACACGAACGCGUGACCUACCAAAAUUUUUUAAACGAUUGCAAAGAUUUGAUAGUCAAUAAUUCUCCAAAAUUUAUUGAAAUAACGAAAAAAACAUUUGAACGAAUAUCCAAAAAAAGUUUGUAAAUGAAAUGAAAAAUUAAUCUCCAGAAUUUCUUAAUUCUUCUUCUAAAUUAAUGUGACAAAUGAAAUUCUUCCAAUCGAUGAGACUUCCUUUGUCAGGUGCAAAGCCAACUUCUUGUUUCUAUAAAUAAAAUGAUUAUAAAUGUUACUGAUGAAAUGAAAUUUAAUAAAGUUUAAAUUGAUUGAAAUA